UUGGGAGGAGUCCCACAUAUUGGAGUUGUGUCUGACACCUGAAACUUUACUUGUGUUCUAGACUCAGCAAACCGCCACUCAAUGGGGAAAACAGAGGGGCUCGAGGAAACGGUCGAGGAAGAAGUCAAUGCGCAACAAUGAGUCUGGACAAAAUCUCAAAGUGAUAGAUAAAUAAGGGAAAGUAGGUUUUACAAUCCACAACGUGGUAGUUUACAUUUUUUUUAGAAACGCAGUGGCCAUUGGAAACGUUGCUGUGCGGCGCAAUGGCUACCCAGUGCGACUCUCUGAGCGGAUACUUGCAACAGUCGGACCAGGGCUCAAAUAGCGAGCGUAGUACUGACUCCCCGGUCCCCGGGUCCGAGGAUGACUUGAGCGGACCCCAUGCCUUACCAGACCCGGAGUGGACGGAGGAGAGAUUUCGAGUGGACCGCAAGAAACUGGAAAUCAUGUUAUUAGCGGCCGCUGGGGGACGAGUCAAUGGUGGCGAGGAUUUCUUUCAGAAGGUCAUGGAUGAAACCAAAACACAGAUAGCGUGGCCUUCCAAAUUGAAGAUCGGAGCCAAGUCCAAAAAAGAUCCGCACAUUAAGGUUUGUGGAAAGAGAGACAAUGUGAGGGAAGCCAAAGACCGAAUCAUGUCAGUCCUCGACACAAAGCAGACUAACAGGGUAACCCUUAAGAUGGACGUGUCCCACACAGAGCACUCCCACGUCAUCGGCAAGGGAGGCAACAACAUCAAGAAGGUGAUGGAGGACACGGGUUGCCACAUCCACUUCCCCGACUCCAAUCGCAACAAUCAGGCGGAGAAGAGCAACCAGGUGUCCAUUGCAGGUCAGCCAGGAGGGGUAGAGGCAGCUCGAGCCAAAAUCAGGGAGCUGCUCCCUCUAGUUUUGUCGUUUGAGUUGCCGGCCAUCGUGCAGCCUGACCCAGGCUCCCCCACAGUGCAGCACAUCUCCCAGACCUACAACCUCACCGUAUCCUUCAAGCCCCCCACACGUCUCUACGGGACCACUGGAGUGGUCCGCGGCUCCCAGAACAACUCUAGUGCCGUCAAGAGGGGCACUGCCAUGCUGCUGGAGCACCUGGCGGGAAGCCUUGCCAGUGCCAUCUCAGUCAGUACCCACCUGGACAUCGCCCCGCAGCACCACCUCUUCAUGAUGGGCCGUAACGGCAGCAACAUCAAACACAUCACCCAGAGAACAGGAGCCCAGAUCCACUUCCCCGACCCUAACAGCCCCCAGAAGAAAUCUACUGUCUACAUCCAGGGAACCAUCGAGUCUGUCUGCCUGGCGCGCCAGUACCUCAUGGGCUGCCUGCCCCUGGUGCUGAUGUUUGACAUAAAAGAGGACAUCGAGGUGGAGCCCCAGUGUAUCACAGCUCUGAUGGAGCAGCUGGAUGUCUUCAUCAGCAUCAAGCCCAAACCAAAGCAGCCCAGCAAGUCUGUGAUAGUAAAGAGUGUGGAGCGGAAUGCAGUGAACAUGUACGAGGCCCGGAAGUUUCUGUUGGGUCUGGAGAGCAACGGGGUGUCAUCAGCCAUGUCCCCCUCCAGCAACGGCCCCACCCUCAUCUGUCCUGUCGGCCUGGACAUCCUGGCCUCUGCUGGCCUGGGGCUGAGCAGCCUGGGCUUCCUAGGUGCAUCAGCGCCCCAUUCUCUCAGUAGCUCCCCGGCUCCAAACUCUGUUCUCAACAGUCUGAACUCUUCCAUGAGCCCUAUGCAGAACCCCAGCCCCAGCACCCCGUCUCCCUCCUCCUCACUGUGGCCCAGCUCUCUCACCAGCACCCAAGGCUUCUCGUCUCAGUUGAUGAUGCACCCUGUAGCCCAGGCCACUCUGAGCAGUAUCCUGCUCUCUGGGGUCCAGGGGUACACCCAGAACACCCCCUCCCCUCCCCCCGGGCUUUCCCCAAUCGACAAGCAGACCAACGGGGUCCCUGACUGCUCCAAAGGCCCCUGUACCAUCAAUGGACAUGUCAAGCAUCCUGGCUCAGUCUAUGGCAGGAUGUCCAGCGCGUCACUGGCAGACACGGUUCUGAACCCCAACCAGUGUGACUCGGUCCAGGAGGCCAGCGGACACAACCCGUCAGAACCCCGCUCCAGCAAGUCCAACCAAGACCAAGGCUCUGACACCUUUGUGGAAGUGGGCAUGCCCAGAAGCCCAUCUCACUCAGCAAAUGGAAACGAGCUGAAACAGAUGCUGGCUUCCUGUAAGACGUCAGGGAAACGGCAGGCGGUGGAGCUCCUCCAGGGGACCAAGAACUCCCAUCUCCAGUAUGUCUGUCCAGAGCUACACUCAGACUGCUUACUGUCAGACCCAGAGUCGAGUGCUUCAGACAGCCCAGUGACAGAUAAGAGGGCACCGGGCAGUGAGCGGGCAGCAGAGAGGGCAGCACAGCAGAACGAGAGGGACAGGAUCCGCUUGGUACCACAUUCUUCCUUUGCCAACAUGCAGGGCCAACUAGAGGCGCUUGAAUAUGAACAGAAAAAGCUGUUAGCAACCAAGGCCAUGUUGAAGAAGCCUGUUGUGACUGAGGUGCGGACCCCCACUAACACGUGGAGUGGCCUGGGUUUCUCCAAGUCUAUGCCAGCAGAGACCAUCAAGGAGCUGCGCAGGGCCAACCACGUGCCCUACAAACCCACCAUGAGUACCACCUACGAGGUAAACUCCGACUAUGAGGGCUCCCCCCUGUCUCUUUCCCGCUCCGGCAGCAGAGAGGGGGUGGGCAACGGCAGUGACUCUGACAACUGGAGAGACAGGAAUGGGGGUGGGAACGGUCUUCCCAGCCACGCCGAAUUCCCAGUGUCUGUUUGCAGUCCUAAGAGGAAACAGAACAAAUCCGCUGCAGAGCACUAUCUGAGCAGCAGUAACUACAUGGACUGUAUCUCCUCGAUCACCGGGAGCAAUGGGUGCAGUCUCCAGUCCUCUCUGAAAGGGUCGGACCUCCCGGAGCUGUUCAGCAAGCUGGGCCUGGGGAAAUACACAGACGUGUUCCAACAGCAGGAGAUUGAUCUCCAGACCUUCCUCACUCUUACAGACCAGGACCUGAAAGAGUUGGGCAUCACCACAUUUGGAGCACGCAGAAAAAUGCUGCUUGCCAUCUCUGGUGUGAAUGACUACGAACUGAACACGAACCGAAGGAAGCUGUUUGAGGCUCCUAUCAGAUCCUCCUUCCUGGAAGGGGGAGCCAGCGGUCGUCUGUCUCGUCAGUUCCACGCUGACAUGGCUAGUGUCAGUGGUCGGUGGUAGAGCUCCACUCCGCCAGGACUUAACACGACAGAGAACCAGCCUUCAGUGCCUCUCUUUGGGCUUCUGUAGGCCAGUCUCCAGCCUAUCUGGUUCUCAGUUGUCCACCCUCCAGCUUAUGCUGAACAAUAACUAUUCAACUCUUUUUUUCUUUUUUUUUAAGGCCAUAACAAGAAGCCAUAGUUUAACCAGAAGUGCCAAAAAAAAGAGAAGAGCCAUCUGUGGUAUAGAAAGUCCAGUGUUCACUCCACAUAGUGGUUAGAUGUUUCUGUGGAGUAUCUAUGCAUGAAGGGUAUUUUACUAAUUAUGAAGGACAGGUACUGCCCAGUAGUUGUCCAUUUUUGUUAAAGGGAACAGGCCAAAUGAUUAGUACAAAAUAAUUACAUUGAUACUGCAUUCGUAGUAUGCUGUUUUAUCAAUGACAUGCACUUUAACAAUUUUGCCUGUGAAAGCCUGAUUCCUCAUAUUGGAAUACCUAUGCAUUUUGUAUUAACUCAAAGCACAGAUGUAUUUGUACCAAGCCAAAUGUAAGCACUUAGUGAGAUGGGGAAAUGAAGUCAAUAAAGUAACAUCAACAACUAAACGCAGAACCUAGUGGAUUGACCUUGGACCACUCAGUGUUUUGAUUGAUUGACAUUCCACAAAGGUCGGUGUUGUAUCCACCAGCAGCUGCUGUAGUUGGGCUGCAGUCUGUAUGUCAUAUGUAUUUAGAAAAGUAUUAUUUUGUAUUCACAUUAUUAUUUUUUAUCUUUCUGAGGUAAUAAUCAGUUUCAUGUAUUUUUUUAUGUUUUCAUUACUUUAUACAUUCACAAAUGAGUUCCUGUGGUUUCUAAUUAGUUCAUUAUUAGUCUCUUUGAUAAUUACCUUUACCCCAUAAUCUUUGGUGCCGUCAGGCUGUGUCAUGAGACUGCAGCAGAGAAAGAGAGCAGUCUGUCAAAACAGCAGGCCCCUCUCUCUGAUUCUGUUUGUUGGCCUCCUGUGGUUUUCUUAGUCAUUGUCAUUAUGUCUCCUGUAGUCAUGUCAAUGGGCUUUGUCAGUUAGUCUUUCUGUGGUCUAUAUUCUGUGUUGAAUCCUACUAUGUGUUCCUCUAUCUAUUUAGGAGACAUGUCAUUAUUCCCAGACUGUGUGCUUUUAUCUUUCCUUAAACUUUAUCCGCUUUUAGAGCUCUGGACAGAGAAGCAACCUACUACAUUGUCGAAUGCCUCCACACUACUACAGUGUCGAAUGCCUCCACGCCACUACAGUGUCGAAUGCCUCCACACUACUACAGUGUCGAAUGCCUCCACACUACUACAGUGUCGAAUGCCUCCACACUACUACAGUGUCGAAUGCCUCCACACUACUACAGUGUCGAAUGCCUCCACACUACUACAGUGUCGAAUGCCUCCACACUACUACAGUGUCGAAUGCCUCCUUUACUUCUCUCUCUAAGCUGCUCAGCAGGGAAUUGUUUCUAUUAGAAUAUAGCUAUUUGGACUCACACUACCUCUCACCUAGGAGGGAACUCACACCAUAGGUGUAAACUCAACUUUAUUUCAUAUGACAGCCCCUAGCCUAGACACAUUUCUACAUUUACCAAGAUUGUGUCCUCAACAUGUAUUCUAGCUUAAAUUAAGAAUAGUGGAAAUAUACAAUUUUCAGGCUCAGUUGUGCAAUCAGAUAUCUGGGAUUCUUGUAAAGCUAUAUUUGAUGAAGUGACAGGAUUAGGUGUGCAGUGGUGCUGCUUAUCAUCAAAGGACGAAGUCACUCUGAUCUCUGUAUUAUGUUCAUGUAAAACAGUAUUCUCAUACCCUUUUGUUAACGCUGUCUGACUCUGGAAGGUUUUUGCUGUAACUGUUUUAGAUUGAACCCCCAUAUUAAGCCUGGAAGUUGAUAGUCUUUGUGCAUUCUAUCAUAUAAGACUGUUAGUUUGAAGUACUCUUCAUUUGCAGAAUGUUUGUUGGUCGAUGGUACGGUAUUUGACGGACAAUGCAGUGAACUCUAUGUAGAGCCCAAAGUGAAAAACGAAAUCUUGAAGCUAAACGACAGUAGGUACAGAAUGCUGAAGCAGAUGUAGAGAGAACAUUUAAAAGCAACUUACAUGCCAAAGCUUUGUUUCCACACAGCAGCAACAUCACUGGCAGCAGACGUCUUAGCAUCAACCAUUCUGUACUCAAGCACAGAGAGAAGUCACUUGUUUCUCAUGUUGCAUGCUUUUUCUCAUGAAGAUCUGUUGUAUCCUGUUGAUUACGCCAUACCACUUCUUCUAACUGAUUUGUGCCCAUGUCACUAUCGUAUCAAUAAGAUAUCCUGACUUGGUUGUCAUUUCUGACCUGUAGUGUGUCAUUUUCUUUGAAAUCUUGAAAAGACAGGAUAUUAAAAGGGAUUUGUUCCACCACAAAUAUGGGUUGUGUUCAACCCUUUAUCAUGGUACUAUAUUGAAGCUGUUCAGCAUUGAUUAUGUCAGUGCAGGUAUGUUGAGCCAUGGUAGCUACCCUGCAAACCAGACAAUGUUUUUCUUUCUUCUUUUGCUUCUGUAAAGUUAAGCCUGCGGUCAUUUGUGUGCUUGGAGGGUAAUAGAGAUGUCUGUCAAGUGAAUGUUGUUAGUGAGAAUUAUUGCUUUUUUAUCUGGUUUAAUGAGUCAUUUGCAAUCAAAGUUUACCACCAGCCUUCUGUCCCUACACUUAUUAUGUCUUAAAUGUUUGUGUUUAGUUCCUGUUAUUCCCAAAGGGAUACAUUUGAAGGGUCUACUUUAUACUGAGUUGGAUGAAAUGGUACAACAUUUAUAAUGAAUGUAAACCACUAAGGAAUUUAUGUAUGUUUUGCAUCUCUUUUGUAUCCUGUGCAGCCAUGCUUGUUAGCAAUUUAUCUCCAGUUUUGUGUGAGAGAAAGGUACUGUUCCAAAAAAAGUUCUACAGAAGAAUUGAGGAACUUUGCCUAAAGCUCUUGUUGAUACGAUUGUUGAGAAGGACAUUGUUUUAGCUAUGUUGUUAUAUCUGUAAAUAUAGUACAGAUGUGUUUUGGAGGAGUUAUCAAAUAAGCAAAAAAGUUUGUUCAAAACAUUGAAGUGUUAUUACAAAGGUAAUAAAUGUAUGCAGUAA